AUGGCUAGAAGUACUCUCACAUGGUUGCGCGCUGCGGUCGUUGUCGCUUUCGCUACCCAGGUGGCUGCGCAGACGUGCUACUAUCCCAACGGCAAUGUUGCUACCGGCGAGAGCGCCUGUUCCUCAGCAUCAGGCUCUGCAUGCUGUCCUGAGAACUGGGAAUGCAUGGACAACGGGUCUUGCUAUUACCCACCAACAAAUCUCACAGGAAGAUACAGCUGCACCGACCAGAGCUGGAACUCGCCUGGCUGCCCUUCCAACUUGUGCACAUAUAAUCUGGGAGCAGCUGGAGGCGAGAGCCUGGCGCAGUGCUCCAAUCACAAUAACCAGUGGUGUUGUAAUGGGGACGCUGAUAUUGUGAAAUGUUGUCAAGGGAUACCUGAAGUGCGCCCCUUCUUCGCGCUUCAAGACGGGAGAGCCUACGCGACCAUCGGAACGAGUACGGCGUCUUCUGCACCCACCCUCUCCACGAUCACUGGCAUUGCGAUUGCGGUUGCGACUGGGGACGCGGUCUCGACAACUCCGUCCAGUCAAGUCUCCUCCACGGCUUCCAGCCAAGCAGCAUCAAGAAGUUCGGCAGCUGUGGCAGGUUCGGGAAGUUCGACAACUACUGCAACUCCUUUCACCUCGGUCCAGACAAGUGUCACUUCUGGCGCUGGAGGAGUAGCGACUGCUGUGAUCACUGUCCUCGUGACGCCUUCUGCGACGGCGGACCCAUCGCAGUCUAGUAGCAGUGGAAGUAAACACUCAAAUACCGGUCUGAUCGCUGGCCUGGCUGUCGGCAUUCCUCUCGGGCUCGCCCUAGUCGGCAUUAUCUUCUGGGCUUGCCGCAAACGCCGCAAUCAGAAGAAGAUGAGUACCUAUUCAGACAUGGACGGCAACGAGGCAGGCCUUGCAGGUGGCGCGGCCAAACCAUUGAGCAAGAAAGAGACGUACCGUCAAUCUAGGCCCGGUACUACGGAAAUCGACAGCAUGCCUGUUGGACCUGGACAGACCACUUCCGCGAUCAACGGACGCGCAGAACUGGGAGCGGGGACUGGCUUCCGACCCGGCUCUGGCACUCCGCAUGGUCCUGACACGGUUGGCAUUGGCGGUGGUAACGCGCCCGAGCGAUCGACGUGGGGCAGCAGCCCACCCGGCUAUUCUCCAGGUAUGGCUCCUGGUGCGUUCAGCCAUCCAGGGCAUGCCGAGCUCGACAGCACGCCUGUCAUGCCGGUUAUCAACGAGAAGGCGGAUGGCGGGCAGUAUCGACCACCAGCCAACCACGCGAUUGAAAUGCCUACUGUGGUAACUCCGCCUGAAGAGGUUGAGAGGCGAGUGUAGAUUUGGGAUGCAGGAGUUCAGGAGUACAUUUGUGGUCUGGGUUAGCGACGUGGGAUUUUUCGAAAGACGAUCGAGAAGUCUUUUUGUGCGAGACUUGUGUAUGCAACGACGAGAUUUUACCGCUUUCUGAUACGAC